UGCCUCGUGACGUGUGCCACAAUGGCUUCCCGAGAGAGGACCACACCUGCUGUGGCAAAAGGCACUGGGUUCUGGCAUGCUCCCAUCGUAACCAAAUACAGCCAAGAAACACAGGAGUUAUUAAAAGUGAUGAUGCAAGAAUCCAAACUAACAAACUUCCAGCAACGUCAUCUCGGAAACUGUAUGAAACGAGGUGCUUCAUUGCCUCUCCACUGCAACCCAACAUCCAGCAAAGAGCCACAGCUUCCAAAGCCUUUUUCUUCACCACCAAAGGUUUUCUUGUCAAUCAGCCCAUUUUCCAGACCUCACCUCCGCCCUGCUGAGGCCUGCCAGGCAGGUGAUGCCUAUACCCGAGAGAGAUUCAGGCCGCGAGCCACCCGAGACCUGGAAAAGGAGAAGGAAAGACUCCAGAAUAUCUUAGCAACAGGAAAGGAUAAAGUGGAGGGAAAGCCCCAGAAGAAGAAGGCAGUUAAGAUGGAAGAGGUGGUACCAGAACCUGACCGGUUUGAAGAAUUGGUGAACGAAGUAGAAGAUCGGAAGAAGUUUCUGGCAGAAAUGGAGGCUCUGGGACAGGGAAAGUUGUACCAAGGGAUCAUACUCACUGAAAUAUCACAGAAACUACGGGAGAUGGAAAUCAUUGAUAAGCAUAGAAGUGCAGAAAUGAGAGAGGCAGUGGCUAAAGCCUUCAAUGUAGGCAACAGGCCAGAUCCUGAAAGCAGAGGUCCAGAGUAGUAGCCCUUUCCCACUCCAGAAUGUGACUGUUGCAUCCUUUUGCUAUCACAGGGUUGGGCCUC